AUGUCGUCGGCGGACGAAAUUCAAGCAGCGCUCAGCGAGCUUUUCUGUCCCCCCCUGGACACCACUCUGGUAGCAGCCAUAGCGUUCGAGCCAGGACAGACGCUGCAGAGCGCAAAAGAGGUUUGCGAGACGCUGGCCGCCGCUGCCAUACCUGAUCUAGAGCAGUACCCUGUCCAGCCUUCGCAUGCUACCACUCUGUCUCCAAAUGAGGUCGGUAGCCAAACACGCUCGACCAGCUCAGGUGCCUCGACAAGGAAGAAAGCUUUCGGUGGCAAGCUCACCACUGUCAACGAGGAUACGAAUACAGCUGCAUCCACUCUGCACAACAGUAAUAACACUACACCUACUUGCACUUCGACCAAUUCGCCCACGUUAACAGCAGCAGAAACUGCAACCGUCCAACGCCUCUUGGACGAAUGGUCGCUCGUAGACAAUUCGUCUCAAGAUCCGCACAACUUACACCUCACCGACGAAGAAUCCAGCACCUCGGAUUUGGAGCGCAACAAUGACGAACCACGGCAUACUCUGCCAGGGCAUACUCUCCUGUUCAGCGAUGCUGCAAGCCGCCUCGUAGAUGCCGAGAUGUGCGAAGCGGAGAAAAUAGCCAAAUUAUCCGGUUCACCUAAGGUGGAUCCACAGGCCCUCGCUUCAGGCAACGCAGAUAUAAAUGGCGCCAAAGAGGCAAAGAUCAACAAAGACAGCUUUGACCCCGUCGUGUUUCUCCAGCAUGCUUUCCCUUCGCGUACAGCAGAGUUUCUGAGGGACACGCUGAAAGACUCGCAUGGAGACGUACAGACUACCGUGGACACUAUCAUGACGAUCGAUUUGAUUGAAGUAGAGGAUGCGCGCAGUGCUACUGCUGCCCAGAUGGAUACGUCGGAUUCCUGUGCCAGCACACCACGUAAAGGUGGCGGUCUCGAUUACGAGGCACUUGCCAAGGGCGUUGGUCUUGAUACAAAUGGCUGGCAAGAUUCUCAUCUCAAGCGCAAGAAGCGUCGCGCUGCACGUAGGGAGCUGCAACAGGAACAACAAUCAGCUGCUAUUGGUCUUCCGUCGUCUGGCAAAACCAAGCAGAAGGGCAAGGUGACCGUCAACCUCACCGACCUGCGCCACGGAGGCGCCUCCUCAAAUCUCUUAAAAAAAGUGCAGCAGCAAAACCCACAAAUGCCGUCUAAUGCGUCCUACUUGCCGCAACUGACAGACGAGCAACUGGCAGCAAAACUCGCCGCCGAAGAGGAAGAUGCAGCCAAGGACCCCGACGCCAACCAACCUGUAUCGGACAACCAGUGGUUGCUCACCUCGUCUGUCCUUUCGCAGCUGUCGACAUUGCUCGACGUCGAACCUAGCCAGGUCACGUCCGUGUACAAUGAGUCUUCGUUCAAGCUCGCGGUCUGCUUUGCUCGCUUGCUCGAGUUAGAGUCAGACAAGUGCUCUUCUUUAGCGAGCUUGGACGAAGCAGCGGAUGCUUCGGCUGGUACGGCAGAACGGAUCGCUGAGAGCAUUGCCGCGAUCAGCGAUACCUCUAAAGCUACUGCAAGCAAAGCUCUGCGGGCAACAAAGGGCAAGCAGGAUGCCGCUUUGGAUUUGAUACAGUUGCAGCUCCUCGUGCAGCGCCAGGUUGGCGAGGCUGAUGCACUCGAUCCAAUGGGCAGAUUGAAGCAGCUCGGUGCAGCCGAAGUACCCAAAAGCGUCGAAGCCUCUGGUGUACGCGGCUACGCUAUCAAUGCAAGAGCGAACGAAGGGAAAUUUGCGCGCACGUUCCCGACUCCGUCCCAAGCUGCUGCUUCCAAGUCGACUUCUAGCGACGCAUCUGGCGUUGUUUACUCCAACGUUGUUGGUCGCAACACCCCAGGACCGGUCUCUGGCGCAGUAGCAGCGUUGAGAUCUGGCUCUGCCGCAUCCGUCUUUCCCGCCAGCUCGGCCUUUGUUGGCGCUUCUGCCAUCGACGAUCUGUUGGAUGGCCCCAUCGCUGUCGAGCGAGGGCUGGCGUCGCACACCACUCACUACGAUCCCGUUCGUCGCAUGACCGAGUAUCGUCUCAUCGCAGAAGAGUAUCGCAUGCGCCGCGAUGAAGCUCUGCGCAAAGCAGCUUCAGCCUGGCGGUCGCGGCGUAGUGGCGUACGAUCGGGUGACAGAGCCGGAGGCGGCGGAAGUAGCGGAAUCGCAUGGCACUAUGCGGACGAAGCGCGUCGUCUUGAUGCAAAGUCGCGUGCCUGGUCUCUGCGUGCCUCUCAAGCUUUGGUGGAAGAUCGACGUCGCGCCGCCAUUGGCGUGGAGCGCCCAGACGUGCAACCAACAGCAGCGAACAUUGCUGUUAGCAAUACAAUCGAUUUGCACGGCGUGACGGUGCACGAAGCUCUGUCCAUCGUGCGAGAGCAGGUGACGCGGUGGUAUGCAAGGCCGGGUCCGGGUAUGAACCCACCUCCGUUUAAGAUUGUGACGGGUGUCGGCAGACAUUCGCCGCAUCAGAUUGCGGUUCUGCGACCAGCAAUCGCAAAAAUGCUGGACAGAGAAGGGUGGAGAUACGAUGUUGAUCACCAGCGCGGUUUCAUCAUCGUGCGCGGCACCAAAUAG